AGAAAAGACAGAGCUAAACGUUUAGAACUUAAUCAAGAUACAUUUUUAACCAUCUACUUUGCUUAUUCUUGAACAUACUUAUAGAUAUUAGCAUUGGAGCACAGAGGAGACACACGAGUCAAACAUUUCUCACAAACACCCACAAAUAAUUGUCCACAUCAUAAGAGAACAGACACACAGAGUAAUUGUUGGUUGCCGGCUGGUAGGCAGCAUCCGGUGCUUUGGAGAAAAAGGAAGUGUGUAUCUUUAUAACAAGCUCUCUGAAGGAGGGAGGAUUGCAGUGAGGUGUUGUAGCUUUUGAUCUUUUAACAGCUGCUAGUGUUGCAAUUUUUAAAACUCCUACUGGAAAAAGUUGCUCAGCGCGAACUUUGUAAAUGUUUUCAUCAUCUCCCGUCUAAGCUCCAUAACCUUCCAGUUAUUAAUGACUGUAUUUCCCCUUUGUCAGCAGAGUAAUAAUAACAACAGCCCCCUUUUGGCAUGCACCAUGUGAUGUAAGCUGAAACAUGCUGAUUGUGAACACAUAUGGUAUGCAUCCACACGUAUAGACUGAGGAGUCAGCCUCGGCAAGUUCUCCCCACCCCCACCGCUCAUUGUGUGCUUUUCUCUCUCUCUCUUUUUCAUGUAAGCCAUCCUUUUUCUCAAAAUUCUUAUUUCUCAUUCACUUCUUUUGGGUCCAACUUUCAUUGUGAAAGAGAGACCUGGAACAGUACGAUACAAAGAUGCAGACGUAAAACAAGUGUACAAGCCUGUAGAUUUACAACAGCUGCCAAGGGGAGGAAACCCUGUUAAAAAAGAGGAUUGUUUUAUUGCCGUUUGACACAUAAUCCCAAACAGUACAUGCAGAGCGCAAGACUCUGAGCUGCAACGCUCUGUGUCUGGAAAAGACAGAGACAGCAAGAUGGUUUUCGCUUCAGCAUUCCAGGCAGGAAUGGUUUAUUUUUGUUGGAAACAUAAUUGUCUGUGGCUAGGAUUUGGAAGUACACGUUACCCGCCAAACUGCCAGGAAGUGUACAUGUGGGUGUUACCGCCCUCUUAUGGUGACCUAAUGAAUUGGAGUUUUGCACAAUACAAAGCAGUAGAGUAAACUUGGAGGGCCGAGAUGUUUUCUUCCCCCCAGGGUGUUGACACAGUGCAAAUGUGCUAUGCUGUCACAAGGCCUGAUUUCAUUGAGAGAGCACAAUGGAAUUAAACAUUGCAUAGAAAGAAAGUUAGAAAAGCGAAAGUCAGAAUGAAAAAACAGUGGGAACAAGCCAUAUACUGCUUUCAUGGAUCAGAAUAGAGCUAGUGUUUUGUUCAACUACAUAACUGCAGGAUUUACAAAAUAUGACUUAACAAAUGUGUGUCAAGAGAAACAUUCUGUUCAAAGUCCUAAACAAUGCGGAAUAAAAGGAUAUCGCUGAGACUUAAUGGAUUAGUCCGAUGUUUUAGAAAAUAUACUUAAUAGCUUUUUUGGUGAGAGUUACAUGUGAAGAUCCCUAACACCGUCAUGUCUGUGCAGUAAAGCUCCAGAACUGAACGGUGAUAGUUUAGCUUAGUACAAUGACUGGAAGUAGGGUAAGGCAGCUACUCUGCCUGUCACAGAUAAAAGGAUGUAUUAAGACUCCAUACAAUCCCAAAGUGGCUAAAACUGCAUAUACAGCAGGUAUAAUGAGCAUUGAACACAUUACCAAAUCCCAUGCAGACUGUUUUUGUGUGAAAGAAUGGGCCAGUGUCACACCUGAGCAAUGCAGCUUCAUAUACAGUAGGCAAACAAUGUAGCUUCUUCUUACAGGAAGCUGUCAUCACCAACAAAGGCUUUUGUACAAAGUAUGAAAUACAUUUCAGUAAAUGUAUUCAAUAUGUUUUCCCUGCGUCUUUUCUCAUUAUUAGACAUAAUUUCUAGACAACUAUGAUUUGAUUUCUUUGCAUGUGUGGAUUUGAUGGGUUGUUAAUGACAGUCGAUGAGAACUUCAUGCCAAUAGCAGCUUUAGAAAUAUAUUUACUCAGAAAAUUGGUGAUGUUUUCAAUACUUCUUUUACAUGCUGUAAAUUAGAAUUUUUCUCUGUGUCGUUUGAACCUAUGCAUAGACAGUUGCAUUGUGAAACCUUUUACACAUCAGAUUGAAUGGAUGGAUGCUUUGUCAGUAUCAGAAUUUUUGCUGCUGCCCCCAAAUAGUGCAAAAAGUUGUACUGUAUCUGUAGCAAAUAUACUCAAUAUUUGGCAUUGAAAUGUUCUGUACACUCAGUGAUCUUUCUAAUAUUUUACUGUAUUAGCGGUUAUAUUCGUCUUCUAUGUAAAUGUAAUUAUAAAGCUACAUUACUUGGAAAAAAUGUGACAUGUGGAGGCCUUUCUGUGCGUUUCGGUGGGGUUUUUUUUUCUCUUACAAGUCAAGGAAGUGCAAGUUGGGGUUAUCAGUUAUUUGAAAUUGCCCAUAGAUGUGAAUGUGAUCAUAGGCUAACAUUGUCAUGUUCUUAUUCCUGCGAUGGCAGAUGGUUUCAUGAAGUUUUUAGUCAUGAACCAGUUUAGCUGUAUUGGGGGAGUGAGUCAGUAGUAACAUGUGGUUCUCUGUGACCAUUAACCACCUGCAAGUUUACUGCAUGGGAAAAAAUGAUAAGAGUGCAGAUGUUCUGUGUUCCCCCAAUGACAUCUGAUCUGGAAGAAACUAUAAAAUAUAAACCUGGGGGCCCCUUUGACAUAUAGAAAAACACCCUAACAGCUAACUCUGUUGCUGAAUAAGUAUGUGGUGGUUACCUACUUGGUAAGCUACCAGCCUAAUUCUUAUACUAACACACAAUCUAUGACAGAAAAUCACAAAAGUGAGAUUAACAGCUCAGCCCAGGUGUGCAUUGCUCCCCUACAGAGGUGGCCAUGGUCUUGUCCACCCUGAAAAAACUGUCCAAGAGUAUUAAAGGGUCACUUAUCAGUGCUUCAACUCAGAAAAAGGAGCUAAAGAUUUUGCCAUCUAGUAAAAAUGUGGACCUUCUUGGUGCUUACUCUUACCCUCGCUCUUAGGCUAUCCGAAGCUAACAAUGACACAGUAGGUGAAGAAAAGCUCGUUAUAGCCAGAGCUAAACUGCUGGCUCCCAGUGUGGUCGGAUGAAGCAUAAAGAAAAUGCCUGAGCUCUAUCAUUUUCUCAUGGAGCGAAUGGCUUUAUACCACAACUUGGAAUAUGAUUCAUCGGAAGAGAAGAAACCCCGUCUGAUAUUCUACAAUGAAAAGGAUGAGAUUGUUAAGACUGUUUCUGUGAAGAAAAUGAAGGCAGACGAGAUCAGCAGCUUGUUAGACUCACUCGGCUUCUACAAGAGGUCCAAGAAAGGGGAAGAGGUGCCAGAGGAGUUUCAGCAUUUUCCCCUGCGCGCCCCCAGGGACGAGCUGUGAUGACACCUUGUGGCCAAACUCUGUCUCUGCACCAUGGUCACAAUAAUGACGAGUGAGGCCCAAAGGCCAAAAUAAGCCAGGCACCACUCUGAUGACUCGCUGGCCGGGUGCAUUGAGCAGUGUUAUGUCAUUGUGUUUAUCUGCAGAAUUUAAAUAAAAAGACUAUAAAAUACACCAAAACCUGCCAGAGUGAAC